CGCGCUUGUGCGCUUGUGCCUGCAGUCGCCAGUCGCUUUCUUUGAGACGCGGACCUGUGUACAAGUUUCAGAAGCCUUUUCUCUCACUGGACAAUGUCUGCUUUACCGCAUGGAUGGAAAAGAGAAGAAGUUGUAAGACAAUCUGGUCUGUCUGCUGGUAAAACAGAUGUGUAUUAUUAUAGUCCUGAUGGAAAGAAGAUAAGGAGCAAACCUCAGCUAGCUCGCCUUCUUGGUGAUGCUUUUGAUCUGAGUGCAUUUGAUUUUCGGACAGGGCGUAUCAUCUAUAGUGCUGUGCGUAAAAGCAAGCGUCAGAAAGGCUCCCCUUUUGACUUUGCAAGAGGCAUGCGGUUAGACACCAGUUUGGUGCUGCCUAUACGCCAGACAGCCUCCAUUUUCAAACAGCCAGUGACUGUAAUCCGAAAUCGCCCAGAAAGCAAAACAAAGACAGACCUUAAACAUGGUGUUCAGGAGCAGCCUCGACAGGUGGUUGUUUUGGAGAAACGUCUGCAGGGUCUGCGAGCCUGUGACAGCAAUGAAGAAGAAAUUGAGUGUAUGGAAUUACCUCGUAACAUGAAUGGUGUUGGUCCAGAGCUUGCUACCGAGAGUGUUCUCCAGAGCAUCUCAGCUGCCCUGCAUCUGAAUGCUGUGCCAGUGACAGGUCAGAGCAGUAGUCGCACAGCUAUUCAGAAAAAUCCUGUCAACAUUGAUGCUAGUCAGCCUCACAUACAACAAAUGUUGGUCUCUGAUGAGGACAUUCAGCGACAAGAACAGCGAGUCCUUGAAGCUCGGCGUCGUUUACAGGAUGCUCUCAAAGAUGAAGUGUCAGCUGUUAAGACAGUGUAA